GUCAUGGCGGAGACCGUCUGGAGCACUGACAUCGGGGAGGCCGUGUAUCGCUCCCGGGACCCCGUGCGCAAUUUACGUCUCCGAGUCCACCUACAAAGAAUCACAUCAAGCAACUUUCUUCAUUACCAGCCUGCUGCCCAGCCAGGGAAGGACCUCAUAGACUUGGCCACUUUUAGGCCUCAGCCAACUGCCAGUGGACAUCGCCCAGAUGAAGAUGAAGAAGAGGAGGUUGUGAUUGGGUGGCAGGAGAAGCUCUUUAGCCAGUUUGAAGUAGAUCUAUACCAAAAUGAAGCUGCCUGUCAGAGUCCUUUGGAUUAUCAAUACCAUCAAGAGAUCUUGAAGCUGGAGAAUUCAGGUGGCAAGAAGAACCGUCGAAUCUUUACCUACACUGACUCUGAUAGAUACACCAAUUUGGAGGAGCACUGUCAGAAAAUGACCACCUCAGCCAGCGAGGUGCCAUCAUUCUUGGUUGAGCGAAUGGCAAAUGUCAGGCGGCGACGGCAGGACAGGCGAGGGACGGAGGGCGGCAUCCUCAAAUCGCGCAUUGUCACCUGGGAGCCCUCAGAAGAGUUCAUCAGGAACAACCAUGUCAUUAACACCCCUCUUCAGACAAUGUACAUCAUGGCAGAUCUGGGGCCCUAUGGAAAGCUUGGCUAUAAGAAGUAUGAGUAUGUCCUCUGUACUCUGAAGGUGGACAGCAAUGGUGUGAUCACAGUGAAACCUGACUUCACUGGCCUCAGAGGGCCCUACAGAAUCGAGACAGAGGGGGAGAAACAGGAGCUGUGGAAGUAUACGAUCUUCAACGUGUCUUCCCUCGCACAGCCGGAGGAGGAAGAGCGGGAACAGCGUGUGUUCAAGGAUCUUUAUGGCCGGCACAAGGAGUAUCUCAGCAGCCUCGUGGGCACUGACUUUGAGAUGACUGUCCCGGGUGCCCUCCGGCUCUUUGUAAAUGGAGAGGUAGUUUCAGCCCAAGGCUAUGAGUAUGACAAUCUCUACGUCCACUUCUUUGUGGAAUUGCCAACCACUAACUGGUCAAGCCCAGCAUUCCAGCAGCUCUCAGGAAUAACACAGACCUGUGCCACCAAGUCCCUGGGAAUGGACAAGGUGGCUUACUUCUCCUACCCAUUCACAUUCGAAGCCUUCUUCCUCCACGAGGAUGAAUCUGCUGAUGCUCUCCCAGAGUGGCCUGUGCUCUACUGUGAGGUCCUCUCGCUGGACUUCUGGCAGAGGUAUCGUGUGGAAGGCUAUGGGUCUGUGGUGCUGCCUGCCACCCCAGGCUUGCACACCCUGACUGUCUCCAUGUGGAGACCCAUGGAGCUUGGUACGGUGGCUGAGCUGAGGAGGUUUUUCAUUGGUGGUUCUCUGGAACUGGAGGACCUCUCCUAUGUGCGGAUACCAGGAACCUUCAAGGGGGAGCGUCUGAGCCGCUUUGGACUCCGCACAGAGACCACAGGCAGUGUCACCUUCCGCUUGCACUGUCUGCAACAGUCCAGAGCCUUCAUGGAAUCAAACUCCCUCCGGAAAAAGAUGCGGAGUGUGUUAGACCGUCUGGAAGGAUUCAGCCAGCAGAGUUCCGUUCACAAUGUUCUGGAGGCCUUCCGUCGAGCUCGGCGCCGCAUGCAGGAGGCCCGAGAAAGCCUACCCCAGGACCUAGUGAGCCCCUCAGGAACCUUGGUCUCCUAGCUCACUGCAGCCCUGGCCAUGGUGCAAGAGGUCAAGACAAGGGGUGUCUGAGGCCAUUGCUCUCCUGCCUGUUUGUCUGUUACUAGAGACCACAUUGGCCUGCUGAGAACCAGA